CUCCUCUGCUGGUUCUGCUUCCUUCCUUCCGUCCUUCCUUCUUUCUUUCAUUCCUAUUAGGCUGUUUGAUUUGAUUUAUAUAUAUAUAUAUAAGGUCACAUACAUGAGUUGCAGUGUGAGAGGGAAGCACGUCAGAGCCGGUCGACGCCUGCGAUCGGUGAAGCUGCCGCCGCAGCCGGCGAUGGACAGCUCUCCCGCCCUCUCCAUCGACUAUCCCUCCCCUAUCCCCAAAACCAUGAUCGAUCCCAAUCACAACCCCGACAAUUGCCAGCUCUGCCUCAACCCUAGCCCCGUCCCCAGCCCUAACCCUACCCUCAAUUUCGACGACGCCGGCGGCGGCUGGGGCUACUGCACCGAGGAACAAUUGGAGGACAUCCUCAUGAAGAACCUCGAGUUCUUCUACAACGAGGCCCUGUCCAGGCUCGUCAGCCUCGGCUACGACGAGGACACCGCCCUGAGGGCCGUCCUUAGGAACGGCUAUUGCUACGGAGGUAUGGACGUCUUGACGAAUAUACUGCACAACGCAUUGGCUUAUCUGAAACGAAUCUCUGACAGUAGCGGUAGUGGCACUGGCGAUGAUGCCAGCAAUGGUGAAAAUGAGUAUGUCUUUUCGGAUUUGCGGCACUUGCAAGAAUACUCUCUGGCGGGGAUGGUGUGUUUAAUGCAGCAGCUCAGGCCUCAUUUGAGCCGGGGAGAUGCAAUGUGGUGUCUCCUCAUGAGUGAUCUCCAUGUGGGCCGGGCGAGCGCGAUAGAGAUCCCCAUUGUUGCUCCUCAGUCGUCGGGCAGUGACGGCCUAGCCUCCAAUACUAGUCUUGAGGGUAGUUCUUCUAGCAGUGCUGCUGCUGUCGGUGUCCCAGCUCCCCAAUCCCGCCGAUUUCACAGCGGAUGGGGCUUUGGGAACAAUGGGGUAUCAGAGUUUCCAAGCAAUGAGUCUUUUCCCGACAUUGAGUGUCCCAAGAGGUUUAAUCUCUCACCUGCAAUGAAGGCACUUUUGAAGAGGAAUGUCGCUGAGUUUGCUGCAGGAUUUCGAUCAAACUCAAAGUAUGCCCUGCAGCCACAACCUCAGGCUGGGCCGAGCUCUUUGUCCACUGGAGAGGGAGGAGUUGUUUCGGUCGUCGGACUGAGUGGGGAGUCGAAGAGUUCUAAGACCCUAGAUUCGAUGAACUCUGUCUUGAGUAAAUUCCAGGAAUUAAAACUUGAUGAGAAAUUGGGGCCUGUGACGGGGGAUCAGAAGGAUGAGAUGAUAUUGUCUCUUCUUCAUAAGAUAAAGGAUCUCGAGAGGCAAGUGAAGGAGAGGAAGGAGUGGGCACAUGAGAAGGCAAUGCAGGCAGCUAAGAAGCUGAGCAGUGAUCUGACUGAACUAAAGGUCUUGAGAAUGGAGAUGGAGGAGACUCAGAGGCUGAAGAAAGGUAAGCAAACACUGGAGGAAACUACAAUGAAGAGACUCUCUGAAAUGGAGGAUGCUUUGAGGAAGGCAAGUGGGCAAGUGGACCGUGCUAAUGCUGCGGUUAGACGACUUGAGACAGAAAAUGCAGAGAUUAGAGCAGAGAUGGAGGCUUCUAAAUUGAGUGCAUCAGAGUCGGUAACCUCUUGUCUGGAGGUGGCAAAGAGGGAAAAGAAAUGCCUGAAAAGACUCCUGGCUUGGGAGAGACAGAAGACAAAGUUGCAGGAGGAGAUUGAUGAGGAAAAAGGGAAAAUUUCUGAGUUACGGCUAGAGUUAGUUCAACUGGACCGGGAUUCAAAAGAAGCGGAGGUGAAGUGGAAGCAGGUGGUGAAGGAGAAGGAACUCACCUUGGCACAAGUGGAGGAGGAACGUCGCUCCAAGGAAGCUACGGAAGCCAGCAAUAAACGAAAACUCGAGGCCCUUCGCUUAAAGAUAGAGAUAGAUUUUCAGCGCCACAAGGACGAUCUCAAAAGACUGGAGCAGGAGCUCUCUCGCUUAAGAUCCUCAGUGCAAUCAACUGAUCAUAGUAAUAAUAAUAGCAAUCUUUCAAGUGCCUCACAGACAGCAAAGUUUGAGGCAGCAAAGCCGAAGGGAGGAUCGAUUGCCCGGUUGCUCAAUCAGUUAGAUAGCAUGGAGGACUCUACUGAAAUCAAUGUAGAUAGACGGUGCCUGCUGUGUAAGAAGCAUGAAGUCUCUGUCGUCUUCCUGCCCUGCGCCCACCAAGUUAUUUGCAGCAAGUGCAGUGAAAACUAUGGGAAGAAGGGCAAAGCUACUUGCCCUUGUUGUCGUGUUCUGAUCGAAAAAAAGAUCCGGGUCUUUGGUGCGAGCUCGUAGCCUCAACAGAAGUAUGCAUGCCUCUAUUGCAUUUUUUCGGUUACAACAAAUUUCGCCCCAUCUUUUUCCUUGCGAUCAUUGGACCGCAUGACUAUACUCCAAUAUAUACUGGAAUGAGAUCACCAUAAUCAAAAGUGUAUGUAGAUAAAGGGAGAGGAAAAGAAAAUAAACAUCGUCACUUGACUUUUGUUCGUGCUUUGAAAUGCGAACUUAUUGCAAAGGGAAUAUUUCCGUUUUGGUCGGCGAUGAUGCUGACAAGAGGACAAUGAAAUUUUCUUGUCAGAUACAUGAUUUGUUUGAAGCUUCAAGAUGGUUGUUCCUGCU